UUUAUUUUUAUAUUUUUAGAGCCGAACAAAUGCGGGAUAGGAGAUAGAGGCUGCGAAGAGGGAACAUAGCCAUGAAUCGUCCGCGCCCUCUUCUCUCCCUCGCUAAAUCCCUCUACUCUGUCCAUCACUCCUUUCUUCGAUCCAUCUCUUAUACCUCUCCUCUUUGUCUCCAAACCCUAGAUCCCGAACCUUCACCUGCGGCGGCGCCGCGCACCCUGACAGAGCUCCGCCGCCGUCUUGAAUCUGAAUCGCCGAAACUAUCCGACUUUGUGUAUUCGGUGGAAGUUGGGACGAAGAAAAAACCUCUGCCCAAGCCGAAAUGGAUGCAAGCAACAAUCCCUGGAGGGGCCAAGUACGCGGCCAUCAAGGCUAAGUUGCGGGAGUUGAACUUACACACGGUCUGCGAGGAAGCGAAGUGUCCUAACCUAGGAGAAUGUUGGUCCGGCGGUGAGACGGGGACCGCCACCGCCACCAUUAUGAUUCUGGGAGAUACCUGCACGAGAGGUUGCAGAUUUUGCAACGUUAAGACAGCAGCUCAUCCUCCAGCACCAGAUCCAAAUGAACCCUCUAAUGUUGCUCAUGCAAUUGCUUCUUGGGGUCUAGAUUAUGUGGUGAUCACAAGUGUUGACCGUGAUGAUUUACCUGAUCAAGGCAGCAGCCAUUUUGCUGAAACAAUUCAGAAGCUCAAGAUACUGAAGCCAAACAUCUUAAUUGAAGCAUUGGUUCCUGAUUUUCGUGGAGACUCCCUCUUCGUUGAAAAGGUUGCAAAAUCUGGAUUAGAUGUAUUCGCUCACAACAUCGAGACAGUUGAAGAACUUCAAAGAUGGGUUCGAGAUCAUCGCGCUAAUUUCAAACAAUCCCUCGACGUUCUUAAAAUGGCGAAAGAGUAUGCUCCAGCUGGUACUCUCACCAAAACCUCAAUAAUGCUCGGAUGCGGUGAAACUUUUGAGCAGGUGGUCAGUACAAUGGAGAAAGUAAGGGUGGCUGGAGUUGAUGUCAUCACAUUUGGGCAAUACAUGAGACCAUCAAAGCGCCACAUGCCUGUUUCUGAAUAUAUUACUCCUGAAGCUUUUGAGAAGUACCGAGUAAUUGGCAUCGACAUGGGAUUCCGGUAUGUUGCUUCUGGACCUAUGGUUCGAUCAUCAUACAAAGCCGGUGAAUAUUAUAUCAAAUCAUUGAUUGAAGCUGACCGAGCCAAUGUUGCUUCUGCGGCAUAUCUUUGAUAUUGUUACAGUUACAUUUCCCCCCCUUUUUUUUUUCUCCCAUUUUGGUACUGAUUCUGAAAGCCUUUUCAGUCUGUCAGUCUUUUAUUCUCUAGUCUUAUGCUUUAUUAUUUUGCUCAAUGCCCAUUUUAGGGUUUCUUUCAUAAUUCUGUUAUUCUACUUUGUAAUCUGUACAACAAAAAAGUUGACUCCUUGGUAGAAAUGCAAAUUAUACAAUUGAUGUAUGCAAAUAUUUGCUUAUUAUAAAAUGGUUCGCACCUUUGAAUAAGUGUUCCUUUUAAGCUACA